AUGGGAGCGGUCGGUAAAAUACAACACAAGGCCUUAGACAAGGUCCCUACGAAGCGUGAGCGCGAGGAACUGAAAGCCGAGCAAACGAAAGGUUUAAGGAGAGGUGCGAAGCCACAAAACACAAAACCUGGACAUGCUCGGCUAGGCGCCAACGGCUCGGGAGCGUCGCGUGAUGGAGAUCUUGACCGCCCGAGAGGUGGGACUAGCUCUAUGACUCGUAGAAAGGAUGGUGGGAAGUCUUUGAAUGGAAAGACGGCCAAGUCCGUGGAGGAAGACAAAAAGCUGAAGAAGGCUGCCACGGCAACAACUGGAUAUACCGGAACUGCUCGCCCGCCUCCGGGUGCUUCCAGAGCUGGAUCAUCAUCCAAGCCAACUGCCCCUAACGGAUCCCGAGAUCGCCACCAUGAGUCUCGACCUUAUGGGGCUUUCAGCGCUCGUCGUAAUCGGGACGAUGACUACGAUGAGGAAUUGGACGACUUCAUUGAGUAUGAUGACGAUGAGCCUGAGUACGGUGGAGACCGCCGACGCGGCUACGGAGAUUACUCUGACGAGGAUGACGAGUCGGAUAUGGAGGCCGGCUUGUCCGAUAUUGAUGUUGAAGAGCGCAGGGCUGAGAUCUAUGCAAGGCAGGAAGAUCGCCGAGAAGAAGCAUUAGAAAGGAAACUCAAGCUCGAAAAGGAAGAGCGCAAGAGAAGGCUUUUGGAGGGACGAUAG